AUGUUCAGCAGGUUCAAGAAGUUGAUGGGGGCACCUGAGCCUCCCCCUGCCCAAGCUGCUACCCCACCUCCACCCGCUAAGGAAGAGAAGCCCCCGGAAAAGAAGGAUGAAAAAGAGCAGCCAAAGAAAGAGGAGGAAAAGAAAGAAGAGGAAAAGAAAGAGGAAAUAAAACAGGAGGAAAAGAAGGAGGACAAAAAAGAUGAGGAAAAGAAAGAAGAAGUGAAGAAAGAAGAAGAGCCCAAGAAGGAAGAGCCAGCACCAGCUCCAGCUCCUGCUCCAGCUCCUGCCCCGGCUGCUCCUGCUGCUGCUGCUCCUGCCAAUGAAGAGGGGGCUGAUGGUGAAGAAGCCCCUCCUCCACCUGUCGUCUACUUCCGCAACACAGAUGACAUGCUCAGAAGUUUGGCCAAGAAGCUACGAGAGCGGACGCAGGAGCUCAAAGAGAAAUCCAUAGACCCUUACGCCACUUCCCCAGAGAUCACCCCACCCGUCACACCUGUCUUCAAGAAGGAGGACUACAUCAGGCUGAAGGAAGAGGAGCGGAUAGCCAAGGAGGAGGCGGAUAAAAAGAAGGCGGAGGAGGCAGCCAAAAAGGCAGAGGAGAAGAAGAAAAAGGACGAGGAGAAGAGGCUGGAGGCCGAGAAGAAGGCAGAGGAGGAGAGGCUGGCAGAGGAGGCCCGGAAGAAAGCCAAGAUCCUCCCAGACAUCAGCUGCUCCUGCUUCGAUGUCCUAUUUCACCCAAUUGAGAAAAUGAUGGACGGCUACCUGGGAAAAACCAUCGAUCCUUUAGAUCAUCGGUAUAUUGCCUGGAUGGCCGUGGUAGCAUUGAUAUACAACUACAAUGUUUGGUUUUGCACUGCCCGGAUGUCCUUCCCUUACCACAAUGAAAAUGUCAACAUCUACUGGAUCGUUUGUGACGUUCUGGCUGACAUAGUGAACGUUAUCGACAUCAUAAUCUGGCAGCCUCGGCUUCAGUUUAUCAAAGCGGGAGACAUUAUCAAAGACGGAGCUCUGACUAAAGUACACUAUCGGAAAUCCCAACGAUUUAAGACUGAUAUAUUUAGCAUCCUCCCCUUUGACCUUCUCUGCCUGUACUUUGAAUUCUCCUCCGUCUUCCGGAUCAACCGCUUCAUCAGGAUUGAGUCCUUCUUCGAGUUCAGCGACAGACUGGAGAAUGUCAUGUCCAAGGCCUACAUCUGGAGAGUGGCUCGGACCACAGGUUACCUGCUCUUCAUGCUCCAUCUCAACGCCUGCGCCUAUUUCGUUGCCUCAGUGCACCAGGGGCUUGCAUCGACCACGUGGGUGUAUGACGGACAGGGCACAGCGUACCUGCGCUGUUACUAUUUUGCGGUCCGCAGUCUGAUCAACAUCGGGGGUCUUCCAGAGCCUGUAACCACCUUUGAGAUCACCUUUCAGAUGCUGAACUUUUUCAUUGGCGUCUUUGUGUUCUCCAGUCUGAUUGGACAGAUGAGAGACGUCAUAGGUGCAGCAACAGCAGGUCAGGCUUAUUUUCAAGCAUCAAUGGACGGCUGUGUUUCCUACAUGAACACCUAUAUGAUCCCCAAGUAUGUCCAGAACAGAGUGCGGACCUGGUACAACUAUACCUGGGCCGCUCAGGGCAUGCUGGAUGAGUCAGAGCUGCUGGACAAGCUGCCUCUGGUGAUGAAAACUGCCAUCGCCGUGGACAUCAACCUGGCAACCUUCCAGAAGAUCGCACUCUUUCAGGGCUGUGACCAGCAGAUGUUGGUGGACAUGUUGCUGAGGCUCAAGUCCACCAUCUAUCUACCUGGAGACUUUGUUGUGAAGAAAGGCGACAUCGGCAAAGAGAUGUACAUCAUUAAAAGCGGAGCGGUGCAGGUGGUGGGAGGCCCUGACAACAGCAUUGUGUUUGUCACACUGAAGGCUGGCUGCGUGUUCGGAGAAAUCAGUUUACUACAGUCUGCCAAAGAUGGAGGAAACAGGCGCACCGCUAACGUGCGAGCGCACGGCUUUGCUAACCUCUCUGUCCUGGAGAAGAAGGACUUGUUUGAUAUCCUCAUCCACUACCCGGAGUCUCAGAAAGUUCUAGCCAAGAAGGGAAGGAAACUGACCAAAGCCAAAGCACCUGCAGGUGCUAAAACCAAUGAGGACAAGCCCAAAGGUCUGAAUCUGUUUGGACAAAAACCACCAACACCCAAGUUGCUCAAAGCGUUUGCCAAUUUUCGCAAAGCCGGCCUCCUGGAAAAACAGACGAAACCCAAUCAGUAAUGAGACUGGCAUGUGUGACGCUGCUGGGCAUCACCGCAUCAACUCAUUUGGUGUGUUCCACUUUUCAUCUGCGGCUGAAAGAUUCACAAG